AUGUCGAUGGAGAGGAUUUGCGUUUUUGUUUGUGGUGUGUUGUUGUUGAUGUCAACGGCAUCGGUUGGAUGGGAGCAAAAGCACGAUUACAAGCUCGCGCUGAGCACGAGCUUGUUGUUCUUCGAAGGGCAGCGAUCAGGGAAGCUUCCUCCUAACCAACGCCUGACAUGGAGGAAGGACUCGGCUCUACGCGAUGGCCAAGAGGGUGGUGUUGAUCUAACGGGGGGAUACUACGACGCGGGGGACAACGUGAAGUACAGCUUUCCGAUGGCGUUCACGGCGACGAUGUUGGCGUGGAGCAUCAUCGAGUUCGGCGACGGGAUGGCCAUGGGAAACGAGUGGAUUAAUGCUGCGGAAGCUCUGAGAUGGAACACAGAUUUCUUGCUGAAGGCCACGGCCCACUUGCCCAACACGGUCUACGCCAUGGUGGGCAACCCCAACAGCGACCACAUCUGCUGGGAACGGCCCGAGGACAUGGAAACCCCGCGCCCCGUGUACGCCGUCAACACCGCUCACCCGGGCUCCGAGGUCGCCGGCGAGAUCGCUGCCGCGCUGGCUGCUGCCUCAAUCGCCUUCAAGACCUACGACGCUGCCUACUCCCAGCGCUUGUUGUCUAAAGCGAAGCAGGCGUAUUAUUUCGCAAACACCUACCAGGGCUCAUACAACGAUAGCAUUGGCUACGCAGUCUGCCCAUUUUACUGUGAUUUCAGUGGCUACCAUGAUGAGUUAGCUUGGGGUGGAGCAUGGUUGAAUAAAGCCACCAACAGCAAAAAAUACCAAAACCAUGUGGAUACGGCCAUUCGAAAAAUGAAACUCAUGCAAGAAGCAGGAACUAAUUAUAUUGACACUGAGUUUUCAUGGGACAAUAAACAUGCAGGAACUUACGUCCUCCUAAGCCAGGUAUUAAUUAAUUUCCAUAUAUAUAUCUAUUCUAUUAAUGAAUAUAUUGGUCAGUACGAAAAGGAAGCUCAAACCUUUGCAUGCGCGGUGCUACCGGAAUCCCCCACCAGGACCGUCAAAUACACACCAGCGGGUCUGCUCUUUAAGACCCAAGGGUGCAACAGUCAAAUCGUCGGUUCACUUUCCUUGCUUGCUCUUAUCUAUGCUAAACAUCUCACGGAAGCUAGGCAAACCAUCACCUGCGGCAACACCCAAUUUCCCCCAUGGAAACUUGUAGAAUUUGCGAAAAAUCAGGCGGACUACAUCUUAGGCAGCAAUCCAAUGGGAAUGUCUUACAUGGUCGGUUACGGCCCCAAGUUCCCUCAGCACGUUCAUCACAGGGCGGCCUCCCUCCCGUCCGUCAACGCGCAUCCCUCUUUCAUCGCAUGCGGAGACGGCUUCUCUUACUUGAACCGCCCCAAUCCUAAUAUGAAUGAGUUGACUGGAGCUAUUGUCGGAGGGCCUAACAGUGGAACAGAUAACUUCGCUGAUGAUCGACGUCAGUCGGCGCAAACUGAGCCCACCACUUAUGUCAAUGCGCCGUUUGUUGGUGUGUUUGCUUACUUCGUUAAUCAUAAGAAGUAA